UCGCCGGUGGUGGUUUCUCAGCAGUCUCCUGCGGCGAAUCGAUUUUGCGACGCGAGGAAACGCGUUUCGGCGCGGGUUUCUCGGCCGAACUCUUGCCCUUUUCGCUCACCAUGAUUUUCGGCAAUCAGGAUGGAAUUUUCGGACGCGGGGAAUCGCUAGGCCAAUCAGAAGACGGUGCAGCCAGAGCCAGCCAAUCAGAUCAUUUAAAGGCACCGGCUGGCUCAAAAGAAAAUUGAAAAUUAGGCGAAAAGCCAACAAUGAAACCAGACAAGCACAAGAAAGGGGGCCCCGCCAAAGGUCAAUCGAGUCAACAGAGUUCAAAUCCUCCUAAAGAGGUGCCUGCCAAGCCGGAAAUGCGGAAAACUGCUCCCGAGGAUUACCAACAACAGGGAAGCUCCAAAAGCUAUUCGCGCCGGAAAAUUGUCAGCAACUGGGACAAAUACGAAGAACCGACUGUUUCCAUUACUUACCAGGAGCCUUAUGAACCUCAGGGCGACGACUUCAACAAACUUCUUCAAAUGCCUGCUUCAGCUGACUCGCAUCUGGUGCUGAAAUCAGAGGAACUUGAGCCUCCUCCGUGUGGCAGCCUCUUUGCUCUUGAUUUAAAAAAUUUGGCUGAUGGUCUGGCUACAAUUCCAUUCUACAAGCAAGUGGACAUUCCUGUUGAAUCACUUUCGAAAACUGAGGUUGAAAAUAUGGACCAACAUGCUGAGCUUAUGAAACUGCAGCUUUCUUCAUUGCCAACAUAACGGUUUAAAAAAGUUUAUUCAAGUUUUUAACAUGACUGCGUUUACAAAUAGUUGUAAAAUAUUUAAAACACAAAUAAAUAAUAACAAGCUACAUUAUUUUCAUUUUGAUAGUCGAA